AUGCAGAUUAUUAAUUUAAUAGUGUAUCUAUCUAUCUAUCUAUCUAUCUAUCUAUCUAUCUAUCUAUCUAUCUAUUACAUUCUCUUCUUUAUCUAUCUAUCUAUCUAUCUAUCUAUCUAUCUAUCUAUCUAUCUAUCAGAAUGGAUGACUUUCCUACCAGCGAGUGGUGACACUGACAGUAAUGACAGCUGCGAAUCGUUUGCAUCCAAACUCACACUCCCUCCCCAACUCUAUACUCCUCAGACGUUUUUCGUCCCACCCUCUCUUGUUUUCUUUUCAUCACUCUCCUUUCUUUUUUAUUUUUCUCUUUCUUUCUUUCUUUCUUUCUUUCUUUCUUUCUUUCUUUCUUUCUUUCUUUCUUUCUUUCUGUUUCUAUUUGCAUUUAUUUGUUUCCUUAUAUAUUUUUCUUCCAGUUUUCUUUUCAUCACUCUCCUUUCUUUUUUUAUUUUUCUCUUUCUUUCUUUUUAUAUUUCUUUCAUUUUUCUUAUUUCGUUCAUGUUUCUUAUUUCCUGUUCAUUUCUUCCUUCUUUCCUUUCUUCCUUCCUUUCUUUCUUUCUUUCUUUCUUUCUUUCUUUCUUUCUUUCUUUCUUUCUUUCUUUCUUUCUUUCUGUUUCUGUUUGCAUUAUUUGUUUUCUUAUAUAUUUUUCUUCCAGUUUUCUUUUCAUCACUCUCCUUUCUUUUUUAUUUUUCUCUUUCUUUCUUUCUUUUUCUUUCUUUCUUUCUUUUUCUUUCUUUCUUUCUUUUCAUAUUUCGCUCACUUUUCUUAUUUCCUGUUCAUUUCUUUCUUUCUUUCUUUUCACAUUUCACUCAUCUUUAUUUCCUGUUCAUUUCUUUCUUCCUUUUCAUAUCUCGCUACAUCUUCCUUCCUUCCUUCCUUCCUUUUCAUUUUUCGUCCCCUUUUUCUUAUCGCCUAUUCCCCACUUCUUCUCUCCUUCCUUUUCACUCCCUUUAUCUUUCUAUUUGCAUUUACUUGUCUCCUUCUGUCCUUUUCUCUUUGUCUUCAUCUCUUCUUCUUUUGCCAAUGCCAAACUUACUUCCAAAUGCAUGUGUUCGAUUGACAAAGAAGAAAGAUGUUAA